AUGGCGAGCGGUAGGAGGCGUCGGGGGGGGGAGGAUGGAAAAGCUAAGAAAAAGGCAAAGAGGCAUCGCUCCGCCUCCCCCUCAAAAACAGAGAAAACAGCAGCAGAUGCUGCAGCAUCCAAGUCACAAAAGCCCGCAGAUGAUCAGCUGAAACAGCAGCAACAGCAGCAGCAGCAGCAGCAACAGCAGCAGCAGCGUCAGCAGCAGCAGCGGCGUUCCUCUAUCUCUUCUCGUAGCUCAGGGAGUCGAUCCCGAUCCCGAUCCCGAUCCCGAUCCCAGACCCCACAACCCCAGGAGAAAGCCAGCGAUAGCGACAACUUCUGGGCCAAGCAGGCCUCAGCCUGGGUCUCUAACAAAACUUCUGAGCAGGGCCCCACAGCUCUCAUGGCCCUCAUAGCAACACAGGCGGCGGUGCAGAUGGCUUCACAAGCAGAGGGGAACAACGCGGCUGUACAGGGGGGUUUAUCCGGGGGGCGGGGUGAGGGCCCCGGGGGGGCCCCCCGAGCCGGCAAGGGUAUCCCCCAGUGGCUGCGAGAGGUGGUGCUGGAGGCAGGGAGCCAACAGAAGGCAGCAAAGGAGUCUAGAGAUGAAGAUAAAGAAGAAGGGGGACAGCUGCUGACGCCGUCAUCUAAGGGGGGAUCGCCUCGUGGUCCGUCUCCGGAGGGAGGAGAGAAAGGAGACAGUGGCUCGAAGCGUGAAGCUGAGGGCUCAGCAGCAGCAGCAGCAGCAGCAGAAGACCCAGCAGCAGCAGCAGCAACAGCAGCAGCAGCAGCAGCAGCAGCAGCAGCACCGCCUCCUCCUCCCCUUGUCGACCAAAUAAAAGAAGUUGUAACAGAGAUCCUCGCCGCCGUCACCGAUGAAGUGUUUAGAGAGGCAGCGAGAGAGGCGAUAAGCAACCACAGAAGAAAGCAGAGAAUAGCGGGCAAGACAACGAUAGGUGUGCGGCUGCAGGGAGCAGCAGGAGCAGCAACAGACCAGCAGCAGCAGCAGCAGCAGCAGCAGCAGCAACAGCAGCAGCAGCAGCAACUGCUGCAGCAAGAAGCACUCGCAGCAGCAAAAAGAGAAGACCAAGAAAAAACACGAGGAGUCCUUAAUGCUGAUGGUGUCUCCGUUGUUUUAUUUGUUUCUUUUUCUGUCUGUAUAUAA